CACAUCACAUCACACAAAUGACGCAUCGAGUUGAAUAGGCGAUUUUUGUGUACAAUUUUACCCUAUUUAUGCGUAAUUAGUUCUAAAAUAUCGAGAAUUGGAUAAUUUAAUAGUAUUUAAGUAGUCUCUCAGGCAUAAUCAUGAGUUUUCUCGGUAAAAUAUUUGGUGGUAAGAAGGAGGAAAAAGGGCCAACUACCCAUGAAGCGAUCCAAAAGUUACGUGAAACUGAAGAGCUAUUGGUAAAGAAACAGGAGUUUUUGGAAAGAAAGAUAGAGGUGGAGAUUCAGACAGCUAGAAAACACGGAACAAAGAAUAAGAGAGCUGCAAUUGCUGCGUUGAAACGUAAGAAGCGUUAUGAGAAGCAACUCACUCAGAUUGAUGGCACGCUUACUCAGAUUGAGGCUCAACGGGAGGCUCUGGAAGGCGCCAAUACAAACGCCCAGGUGCUCAACACUAUGCGCGAUGCGGCCAAUGCGAUGAAACUGGCACACAAGGAUAUUGAUGUAGACAAGGUGCACGACAUUAUGGACGAUAUCGCUGAGCAGCAUGACAUCUCUAAAGAAAUCACCGACGCUAUUAGUAACAAUGUUGCGUUCGGCAAUGAUGUCGAUGAAGAUGAGUUGGAGAAGGAGCUGGAAGAGCUGGAACAGGAGGACCUGGACAAGGAGAUGCUGGGCAUCACCGUGCCCAGCGACGCGCUGCCGGACGUGCCGGCCGAGCUGCCGCGCGACCGCGCCAGGGGCAGCAAGACCAAGACAGAGGACGAUGAAGAUUUCAAGAUGCUGGAAUCAUGGGCCACAUAGAUUCGUGUUCAAACUGUUCAUUGUGAUAGAUGGUGUUUGCAUCGGCUCGUGCUGUCUCGCUCACACACACUGGUACCUUAACGCUGUCCCUUUCUUACUUACAGACAGUUCUUGCAUAGCUAUGCUAAGAGUUGAAACCAUAGAGUUAGUACUGUAUUUGUUUAUGAAGCGCGCGCGUUUUGAAAUGAUAAAAAGUUUUAUUUAAAUUUGAUUUUAUUUUAACUCUAUAGACAUUGGAUCAAUGUAAAUUUGGAUAUUUUGUAAAUUAUCAAAUUAUUGAUACAUCUCAACAUUAACUUUACAAGUGACAGGUUUUUGCAAGUCUCGAAAGUCAAUAACAUCUAAACUACUAGCUAUAUGGUUUCAAUUAUGACAUUUACUAUAGCAGCUACAAAUUUAUCCGUAGUGUCCUUGGACAUUGCAUUAAUAUUUCAUUAUAUCGUACUAAGCUAGAAAUAGUACCUAUAUUGUAAGCCAUUCGUUUCAUAUAAGGCUUCCAAAAACCCGACAUUAGAGUGAAUAUAAAAACAGUACAUUUUCAUAUAAAUUAUCUUAAUUUUGAAAAUUGAUAUUUUAAAAUCAAAUAUGUACUGCCAAAAUAAUUUUGUAUGUUUGUUUCACGCAAAUUUUAUAGGUUAAAAUAUUUUGUAACACGCGCACUCUACUAAAAAAAUUCUAUACUUACACUUUGGCUCAAAAAAAAAGUAAAGAAAAGGAUAGUUACCGAUUCUUACGAGUGUAGUAAGUCGUUGCGAAUGCUUUGAAGGUUGUAUGAAUGUAGGUACAAUGUGAAGGUUACUUGUUUACAAGAGUUUAGUUACUAUCGAUUUAGUGUCUUUCACACUUGCUUAUUGCACCGCUUUCCAUUCUAGGCAAGUUGAAGUUCUUUGCAAAAUGAACUUUAAAGCGUUCUCCGUAUAUAUACUUUACAUUGAUUACAAAUUAUUAAAUUCAACAAAUCAAAAUUAAUUAUUACAAUGAUUUAAAUUGCUCGUUGUCAAUGUGAAUUAUCUCUACAGUGGUCGCAUUAAAGCUUACUUUUCAAUGAACGCCGUCUAGUCAGGUGGGAGCGGUGCGGCAGAAUUAUAAAAAUAACAAUUUGCGCUAAGUUUCUCUUUCACACAAAGGUUAAAAUGUUACAUUGUCAGAAUAAUCUAAAUUUAUAGUUAUAAGGUUUUUUUACAGGGUAGAUCUGAAUAUGUUAACAAUAAAGGAAAAAUGCUGUCUAGAUCUUCGUAAAUCUAAUAUAAUAAAAGUCUGAGAUAUGAAGAUUCGCAAAUAUAAUUUUUUUUUGUUAAUAAAAAAGCGUAACAAGUAACCUUCCACGCAGCUUGUAUAAAUAAAUAUAUAUAUUUAACAAUUUUCAUCUUCUGUAUUCCUAUUUAUAGCCAAUUUGAUUUUGAUUAUAGUCAAAAUGUUGAUGGUGAAAGGCACGUGCAAGUUGGGAUACAUUCUGAUAUAAAUAUUUUUUUGUAGGCUUAAGUUUCAAUACAAGUAAAUGUAAUUAGAAAUGUUUGGUCUAACUUGUAUUUGGUUAACGUAUGGUGAUAAAUAUCAAAUUUUCUCAUGUUUUAGACAAGACAAAAAAUACAAAUUUAAGGGCCUGUUUCACCACUUUAUUUUGUAAUCUGACAGAUAAACUAACUGCUAGAUAAAUCUGCCCAGUUAGAAACACAAUUUCAUCGUUAUCUAUUCGAUAUGUUACAUGUAGACUACUAUCAGAUACUUUAUCAACAAGCGGUGAAAAAGGUAAAAUAAGUGUAUUAUUUUUUUGUAUUCAACAUUAUCUACCAGUAUGAAAAUAAUUGCGAUGAUUUUCGAAUAUUAGCUAAAUCGUUUUCUUGUUGUUUAACCACAAGUACUAUGAUCCCAUAAAUCCUUACUGUAUAAUCUUUUAUAUAUCCUUAAAAUGUGUUUUGGAAGCUGAAUUAUAAUAAGUAUCGCAUGUGUAAUACUCCCACUAAAACAUAGUUAGUCAUAAGUCUAUCCCUAGGAAACCAAAUAAAAGAUAGACCUGUUAAUUGUUACUUUUUUCGCAAAGAAAAUUAUUUUUAUAUUUCAUUUUGGGCGCUGUGCACAGAAAAUUGGCGGUUUAAUAAAAAAUAAUAUACAUAGUGAAAAAGUUUACUUCUCAUUGCGCAAGUCGCGUCUAGUGUUAGUGCCUAACUGUGUAUUAAAAUGUACAUUUUUUUAAGCUGUAACAUUAACUUAUGCAUUAUGGUUGAAUAUAAUAUUUUUAAGAAAUUGA